GCCGUCGGAAGUCGUUUCGUAUUGCAUAAAUCCUAGGUUGUUAGGUUUCACUAGUGGAUUGCUUUUGUUGCAGGCUAGAGCUAGGGUUAGUUGGUGCUGCGCGCAGAGUCGAACAACUGUAUUUGUAGAUAGUAAUUGGGAGACUGCAUUACACUGACAGUGACAUGCAGCAUUAAGUAUGCUUGGCGCAGCGCUCCGGUCGGUGGCCCAAAAGGGUGCCGAUUUAGCGCGUCAGCUUGCCGACGAUGCGACAUCUGCGGUAUCGUCGGUCCCUAUGGGGCAGUACGCAGGCUACAAAUUUCAGCGUGAUUUCAAGAUGGGGUUACAGACAGGCACGGCCGGGCCUCAUGGCUUAUGGAGAAUUUUCGCUGGCACGGCUCGCUCACCCACAGCUAUAACAAAGGAUGUCAGCAUUUGGGUAUUGGAUAAGAGAGAGCUGGCCAACAGAGGAAACGAUAACGUCUCGCUCCAGGGUGGUGGGCCGUCUGUCCUCUUUCCUCCCCAGCAGCUGCAGCGGUGGGAGACGGUGCUGGAGCAGCAGCGGCACGGCUGCGCGCUCAUGACGCGGCUGAAGCACCCUGGUGUGGUGCGGGUGGUGCUGCCGCUGGAGGAGACGGCCGCACAUAUGGUGCUGGUGACGGAAGCGGUGCGCGGCUGCCUGCGGGAGCAGCUGCAGCCCCCGCCUGACAGCGCCGCCUCCCCCUUCCCCCCCUCCCCCUCCCCCCCGCCCCCCCUGUGCGCGCUGGAGUCCAAGCUGGGUCUGCUGGCGCUGGCGGAGGUGCUGGCCUUCCUGCACGGCAGCGCGGCACUGGCGCACUGCGGGGUGGCGCCGCAGUCGGUGAUGGUGGCAGCGGACGGCAGCUGGAAGCUGGCGGGCUUCUCAUUCGCCGUGCCCCUCGGCAGCGGGGCGAGUGCGGGCGGGGCCAGCUGCCCGCCCUUCUCCUACAGCGACCCCUUCCCACCGCCCUGGGAGGAGCUGGCCAAGCCCCAGCUGCCGUACACCGCCCCGGAGCUUGUCGUACCCCCGGGCGGCUCCUCCUGGUCCCCCGCCCCCGCCCCCUCCUGGGCCGCAGCUGACUCGUUCAGUCUGGGCGCCCUGGCCUUCGAGCUGGCGCUGGCAGUGGAGGCAGCGGCGGGGUCAGUAGGGGGAGCAGUGGAAGGGGC